AUGGACCGACCGGGACAUUUAACUGAAGAUGAGGCUCUAUCUGUAUUCCUUGGUAUCGAGGAAGUGGACGAUAGCAGUGCUAGUAGUAACGCCAUCCAGGGGGAUAAGCAAUCCGAACCCGACGCACCUGUGCGUGAACGUAUCCCACGUCCGGCAAAUAAUUCGUUCCCUAAACGUGGUGCCGCGACUGCGCCAACAGCGCUUGGUGAGAUGCAUAACAUGGACCCAUCCAUCAUCAGUAACCCACUUGACGAGGAGCAACAACGCAUACUCGAUCAGGUGGAAAGCGCGCGGCGCAAAUUGGAAAUUCUGACCACAUUACAGCGAAACCGUGAAUACACAUUCACUCCGCCUGACGUGGUAGAAUGCAUCCGUCAAACAGCUGGACGUACUUUGGCAGGAUGGGACACUGGUCCCGAGGCAUAA